AUGUGGGAGCGAACUCUAAAAGACCUUAUUCGCGGAUUGCGUGCAAACAAGGCAGAUGAAUCAAAAUUUAUUGCCAAGGCUAUCGAGGAAAUACGACACGAAAUAAAGACGGAAGAUAUGGAACUGAAGGCAGGAGCUGUGAUGAAGCUAAUUUAUCUCGACAUGCUGGGUUAUGACAUGAGUUGGGCCUCCUUUCAUGUCGUCGAAGUCAUGUCUUCAUCACGAAUACAUCUCAAAAGUGUUGGAUAUCUCGGAGCCAACCAGUCUUUCAAUCAAGAUACUGACGUCCUGAUGCUCACUACCAAUCUACUGAAGAAGGAUCUGAUGUCCAAUCCUGCAGACAUUGGAAUCACCUUGAACGGAAUCUCCAACAUCGUCACCCCCGACCUUGCCCGCGACCUCUCCCCUGAAUUGAUUCGUAUGAUGAAUCAUUCUCAUCCCCAAAUACGGAAAAGAACGGUUCUAGCCUUGUAUAGGGUAAUAGAGAAAUAUCCAGAGGUACUUCAGCACGCUAUAUCCAGAAUGAAGGAAAAGUUGGAGGAUCCCGAUCCCGGUGUAGUUGCUGCUACCAUCAAUGUACUUUGUGAAUUAACCAGACAAAAUCCCGAGGAAUACCUAACUCUUGCACCGGCACUCUUUCAUCUAAUGACUACAUCUACGAAUAAUUGGAUGCUGAUUAAGAUUAUCAAAAUUUUCGGUUCUCUUUCACCUCAUGAACCUCGAUUAGUCAGGAAACUUCAACCACCGAUAACAGAGCUCAUUUCAACCACCCCCGCCAUCUCAUUACUCUACGAGUGCGUACGCACCUGCAUCAUCGGAGGAAUGCUGCAAGGACCUUCGGGAGAUUCAUUGGCUCGGACAUGUGUUUCCAAAUUGGCAGCAUUCAUUGAGGAUCCAGACCAGAACUUGAAAUAUAUCGCCCUUCUUGCGAUGGUUAAAAUCGUUCCAACGCAUCCUCACCUAGUAGCCCAGUAUCAGGAUACGAUUCUUUCGAGUGUCGACGAUCAAGAUAUCAGUAUUCGAAUGCGUGCGCUUGAUCUCGUCUCCGCCAUGGUCGAUCAAACUAAUUUACAAUCUAUCGUUCAACAAAUCCUUUCCCAUCUUGUCACCGAUACCACCACCACCGUCCAUCCCACCGCUGCACAGUCUCUCACCCAACACACCAUACCAAUCUCUCCAAACAGUAUCAAACCUCAUGUCCCGCCGACACAAUCGCCUGCUUAUCGCCUAAUAUUAGCGCAGCGGAUCCUUCGGAUGUGCUCACAAGACACCUAUGACAAUGUUACCAAUUUCGAGUGGUAUCUUUCUGUGCUGGUCGAUCUCGCCCACGUUGCCAACGUAGAUGUAGGAGACGAAAUUCGCGGUCAGCUUGUAGAUGUAGUAGGACGUGUUCGGGCUGCUAGACGUUACGCCGUAAAGCUAAUGCACACCGUACUCAACGAUGAUGCGAUUCUGAGGAACGCUCAUGAGGAGGGAAGUUGCUCUGAAGUACUUUGGGCAGCUGCUUGGAUAUGUGGCGAAUAUUGCAAUGAACUCGCAGAACCUCAAAAACUGAUCACUCUACUUCUACGAGACGAGAUAUCCCACCUUCCACCAGAUAUCAUAGCAGUUUACAUUCAAGCUGCUUUGAAGGUUUUCGGGUUUUGGGCUGCCGAGGUGGCUCAGAGGUGGAGCGAGGAUGAUUUACAAGAGGUAAAGGAUACUGUCGAGCUGAUAUCCUCACGCGUCAGUAGAUUUGUCGCUAGUUCUCAUAUUGAGGUUCAAGAACGGGCUGCAAAUACUGUCCAACUAUUCAGCUUCAUCCAAGCCGAUCUGAACAAUCACCGCCCUCGACAUGAUGCCCUAGCCGGCACAACCUUGGAUCCAAUGGAAGAGCCAUCUUUCCCCAAGUCACUUUUCUUGAUACAGCCGCUCUUUUCAUCAUACGAGCUCAACCCUGUCGCUCAAACCGCUCAAGCCAGCGUACCUGUUCCAGAGGGCUUGGACCUCGACGCUUGGUUUGUGUCUCCAUCUGUCGUGGUUGAAACGAAGUUCGAGAAGGACGAAAGUAAGACGAAGAAGAGCAAGAAAGGAAAAGGGAAGGAAGUCAAUGGCGGUCGUAAAGCGAAAAGUGGGUCCAAGAGACGAGAAGAGGAUGAAAAUUCGAACGGGAUCGUUUUGACACCGAUGACUGCGGAAAUAGAGACUGAGGAAGAGAAAGCCGAGCGAGAGCGACUGCGAGCUGAACGACUGGAGCGUUUACGAGAUGAUCCAUAUUAUAUCAUGGAUAAACCACUGCCACAGCAAUCGUCGACAAAUCGAUACGUGGCACAAGAGGAUGUUGAUGCGAUACCCGUCGUGAAACUAGAGGGUAUGCCAAGCUUUACAGAACCAGAACCCGGACCAUCCGCACUUCGAAAUGAAUUGCCUGAAGGACCUGUUGAGCCUUACUACAUCGACAAAGUAGGAGAAAUGCCGGAAGGAGCCGCUCAACCUAUUCUCGGGACGAUCUCCUCGUCACAACCACCAACGUCUAAAACAUCCCGUCAGCAGACGCCAGUUCCUAGUUUAGUUCCGCCUUCGCCUUUUCCUCAAUAUGAGGUACCGGGAGAGGAUACGCGCCCUAGUACACCAGACCCGGUGAAGGUGACCAGACCAAGGAAGAAAAAGGUGAAAAAGAAGUCGGAAACAGUUGAAGCCUCUUAG